AUCAAAACAAACCCGAAUCCUCUUUUCCUUCAGUAAUACUCCUUUCGAUUUGAAAGCCAGUCGGAAGAACAGGAACCUCAAAUCUGUAACUGUCCGUAACCAUGUUUCAUACCAUGAAAUGCAAGGAACACGAUCACUCAUCGUUCUUCAAGUUCCUACAAAUGGAGCAAAACCACAAGAACACGGACUGCUACUUUUUCUACUACUCAAAGUGUUCCAAGGGCGACACGUGUGCGUUCAGACAUGAACCGUCAGCCUUGGGAUGUGAGACAGUCUGUUCCUACUGGCAGCAGGGUAAUUGUCUCAACGAGCAUUGCAAUUUCCGGCAUAUGGAGCUGAAGAAAAAUCGUAAAUCCAUCGCCUGCUACUGGGAAACUCAGCCCAGUGGAUGCAUGAAGCCUCACUGCCCGUUCCUUCACAGGAAUGAGCGUCCUGGAAUUGAGAGCAGCACUCCCAUCAACCAGGGAAAGACUCCCGAAACCAUUUCGGCCAAGCCCACUAACCAGGAAUGGUCCAACCGUCAAGAAGAUUCAAAGUUCGACGGUAGCAGCACCGAGUCGGAUCAAGGCCGAGGCAGCAGCGAAGCCGGGAGUUUUAUUGGCAGUCCAGUUGUAGACCCUCUGAUUGUUAACUUCGAAGAAGAAUCCGAUAGUGAAGAUGCUGCUUCGCCAGUUAAGCGGAGUCACAACUUGUCUUUUACAGCCGACGAGCAAGAAAGACUCAAUGCAAUUCAGACUGAGGUUGCUGCCUAUUAUGAGUACCAACCCGGCGACUACAAAGAACAACCUGCAGCUGGGAAGAUGACGACAAUUCCAACUGUUCGUCACCAGAGGAGCCGCGGUGGCGGCUCCAAGUACAAUUAUUGGAAGACCUCCUCGUCCGCGGAUCAGGACUUUAAGGUCUUGACCUUGGAGGAAAUCCGUAGGAGGAAACAGGCCGCAGAGACUUCCAAGAGUUUGGAAAUGAAUUUGGAAAGAAAUCAGAAUUCAGGAGAAGAUAGUUUAAAUGAUGCAAUAGAGACUCUAGAAGAAUUAGCAAUGGUGAAUAGAUCAAUGAAGAGUGAGAGUAAGAGAUGCAUCAGCGAAGUGGAGAAUGAGGAAGAAGGAGCAGCGAAGAUUCAGAAAGUUGAUAAAGUCGAAGGUAUUAAAAUUCCUCCGAUAAAAUUACGAAGGAUUUACAAAUCAGGCGGCUUUGAGCUGGAGAGGAGAAGUACGCCAGAAGUCUUCAAAAAUGUUCUUGCAGUUGAGGAAAGUGAGAUUUUAAAAGAUAUUGACGCCUUGUUGUCACCCAAUGCCCAUUGAACAAAGCUUUGUAUUCUCAUGUCUCAAAUCUGUGAUUUAUAUAAGAGGAACAGUUUCUUUUUUAUUAGUUUUUUUUAUCAAGUAUUUACUUGACUAUACUCUAUUCCCCGAGAGAAUAAAUUGCAGGUGGACCGACUUACGUUGACUUUGCGCCGAUAUGGAAGACUUUCUUGAAGAAAGUUGAUUUGAAAGUUCUGAAUCUGCAGGUUUUUCUCUCGGGGAAUAGAGCAUAGUUUACUAUACUCUAUUCCUCGAUGGAGAAACCAGGCGAACUAACUUGCGUCCACUUGGCGCAGCUAUGGAAGCCUUUUUUUUUUAAGAAGCUUGACUCGCGCGCUUCUCGAACGUCAUAAAAAAUUGAGUGCCUGCUUCUAUAGUGGUUAUUUUCGUCCAGACAACUCCUUCGGGAGUUCUUUUUUCGAGGAAUAGAGUAUAGUUUUACUAUACUCUAUUCUUUCGGGGAAUAGAGAAUAGUUUUACUAUACUCUUUUCUUUAACGGAAUAAAGUAUAGUUUUACUAUACUCUAUUAUUUUGGGGAAUGGAGUAUAAUUUACUAUACUCUAUUCUUUGAGGGAAUAGAACAGAGUUUUACUUUACUCGUUUCUUUCGUGGAAUAGGGUAUAGUUUUAUUGUCCACUAUUCUUUCAAAGAAUAGAGUAUAAUUUACUGUACUCUAUUCUCCCGGAGAAUAGAGGAUAAUUUAUUAUACUCUAUUCUUUCGGGGAUGGAGUACAAUUUACUUUACGUGUUUCUUUCGUAGAAUAGAGUAUAGUUUUAUUAUUCUCUAUUCUCUCGAUGAAUAGAGUAUAAUUUAUUAUACUAUAUUCUCUCGGGAAAUAGAGUAUAAUUUACUUUCGUGGAUUAUUGUAUAAUUCGCUAUACUCUAUUCUUCCAGGGAAUAGAGAAUAGUUUUACUUUAUUCUUUUCUCUCUAGGAAUAGCGAAUAGCUUCACUAUACUCUGUUAUUUUAGGAAAUAGAGUAUAAUUUACUGCACUAUUAUUUUAGAGAAUAGAGAAUAGUUUUACUAUAGUCUUUUUCUUUCAUGGGAUAGAGUAUAGUUUUACUAUACUCAAUUUUGUUGGGGAAUAGAGUGUAGUUUUACUAUGCUCAAUUUUGUUGGGGAAUAAAGUAUAAUUGGCUAUGACUUAUUCUCGGAGAAUAGAGUAUAGUUUACUCUACUCUAAUCAUUAAAUGAAUAACCAACCGGGGAAUAGAGUAUAUUGUUAGAACUAGAAAUUGCAAUUUCUAUGGACUUGAAUACUAAAAACCAUUCCCAAGUGAAUUACAUUUUGUAAAUUUGUAAAUAGGAGGGAUUAGUUUUUAAUUCCUGAGAUUAAUUGAACCAAGCUUUUGGUUCAGCAUCUGAAAGAAGUACAAAAAAAGUGUUUUGACGUAUUCUGUUCUGUUCAGGAAUUUAACAAUUUUAAAAGGUUUUCCUACAAGAAGUUUCUUGUAAUGAACAUUUAUCGAAACUUAUUUGUCAGUUGUAAUUUUUUCAUAAAGUCCAACAAGCAAGUUUAAAAAAAAUGGAUUUUAUUUUUAUUUUCACUCAGUCCCAAUAUAGAAUUAAGCUUGUAAAUAUUGUACAUUUUGUAAAUAGGAUAAAUCUUGCUUUCAGUUAAAAAUAACAAUCAUUCUGAAAUAUUUUUCCAAUUAAUAAACGCACCUGAUACAUUGUGAAUCGACAUUAUUAUAGGAACAACCACUGUACAACAUAAUAAUUCAAAUAAAUUACGAUUGUUAUAUUUACGA